UUUACAAUCCCUUGAUGAUCAGAGCAGUAUAUCAAUCAAUCUACUUGCAGCACGGCAAUCGCUUUUUUACGUAACUUCGUCGUUUGAGCAAACCAGACAUCCGCAUUGAGGAAUACCCACGAGCCGACUCUUAAUGGCAGCCAGUGGUCAAGCCAGUCGCGGUCUAACUGCGUUAUUCAAGCGGGGAUGGAAUGAAAUCCCAGAGGUCAUAGGAUCGUCUGUGAUGGCCGUAAUAGGGAUAGGGCUGUCGGUCAUAGGUGUGAGCGGCUAUUACAGCAAAGACGGCGACAACAGGCGCUAUAAGAUGGAUUACGUAGUAAUGCGUCCGGAUGACCCACGUGUUGCGCGCAUUCGUAAGGAUUAAUUCUCAGUUUAACCGUCGGGAUAAAAUAGAAUAAAAACGCAAUCUAACAAACUAUAA